AUGUUCAACCACAGUGAGGCUGGCAGUCCCCAUGAUUCGUUGGCGAAGAGCACUAGUACCAGCCUCAAGAUCGCAGAAAUAGAAGAGCAGAAGUCUGGGCUUCAUGUUGUGCAAAUGAACCUAAGCAGGGAGCAGGUCAGCAUCUUAUCAUCAGACAUGCUGCAGCUCAGGCAAGAUGUGCUGCAGCUACAAGAGGAGGUUGGCUUGGCGAGUAGCCAAGAUCGCCUCCGGGACCGCGUUGCUUUCUUGGAGAAGGAAAUUCGCGUAUCCAGAGAUGUUCUGUGCAGACGUAUGGGGUCUCUUGAAGCAUGCAUCGGAGAGUCGGCUCCGAGGAAAAUCACAAUACUUGCGGAUGUUCCCAGUUCGCACGCCGCUCUUUUGGGAGAUUGCACGGAACAUAAGGAUGACCACGCCCCAUUGUCACAGCGGAUCGGUUCUCUCGAGAACGAGGUCUGUGGGAUUGUAGACAAGAUGAAACAGAUGAGCUUGGACCUCUGGAAGAGCAUGAACGACCUCAGGCAGGCCCACAUGCAAAACGGUGCAUUCCAGAAUCGCGUGGCUUCUCUAGAGAACGAGUUGGGCCAAGUCGUGCAAAGGCAUAACAGAGAACUGGGCGAGUGCCGAACAAGGCAGGACACGGCGGCAAAAGACUUUGUCACUCUGGAAAGUAAGCAUGCCACCGUUGCAGAGCGCACGACAAUGUUAGAGAAGCGGUUUGGAGACGCUGCAGAUGAACUUAUCAAGACGUCGAAGGAACACACCGCCAUGCGUGAUGGGGUGGUACAAGACGUUCAGGAAUGGCGAAGCGCCAUGCUGGAGAGUUUCGAGCUGUUUAAACAUGAGGUGACGAUUUCUGCGAAUAGCCAGGCGAAGGCAAUAGAGGACGUCAAAAUCACAAACGACGACAACGCUGCUACACAUCAUGCACGCUAUGUGUCAGUGACGGGACGCAUCGAUCUUCUGGAGAAUAUGUUGAGCGAGGUCUCCGAAACCUAUUACACGAUGUUGACAGAUCUACAGCACAAACAUGCGGAGGUCAGCAGCACUAGCGGAGCACUACUAGACCGCAUCGCUCGCGUGGAGCAGCAGCAGCGCGAUGAUUCAGGCAGGUUUACCGAGGACUUGAAGAUUCUCCAGCUGUCGCGGGAUCAGUUCCAGAGCCGCAUCGCCGAGAUCAUGGACACUCUCGAUAGGGAAGUUCGAGACAAGGCUGACCUGCAGGCGAAAGAGCUGGCUGACUUGCGACAAGCGUAUCGGGAGCAUGAGCGGGCCCGCAUGAUCGCAUCCGAACUGCGGAGAGAGAUUGACUCCAAAGCUGCCUUGGUGAACAAGCUCACGAGGCAGCGCGCGCCGCCCUCCUCCCACCAGUUCCUGCCCGCGCAGCGGCUCCAGGCGGAGCGCAUCCAGCGUCAGCAGGAGCUCGAGGCCGAACGCGAACGGUCUGAGCAGAUCAUCCAGGAGCCUGCGUCUCUCCAGCCAGGAGCGCCGCGAGGUUGCCGCGCGCACGCGGCAACUCGAGGAGGACCGAGAUCGCGAACCUGCGGGACCAGAUGCGGCAGAUCUCGCAGCUGGAGACACCGUGGCGGAGCGCCAGAAGCAGCUGGAGGGCAGCCUGCGGGUUCUGCAGGAGGACGUGCGCCACCGAGGCCGAGCGCAGGCGCCUCCUCGAGGGAGAGCUCGCCCGCAUGCAGGACGAGCUGGGGGGCAGGGCGCUGCGGCCGAGCCUGGCGCACGAGGCCCAGGACGUGCUCGCUGACUGCGUCGAGCCUCACCUUCGAGGUUCCCGCAGGCGGCCGCGCCGACGCUCGGAGCUCGCUCGGCGCGUCGACCAUCGACCUGCCGGCGGCGGGCCUGCUGGCCGGAACGGGCAGCGGCCGCAGCUCGCCGGCGGGCCACACGGGCGAGGUGGAGGUGGCGCGCCCGGGCCGCGUGCACGAGCUGGUCGCCGCGCUCGAGGGGCGCCGCGGCCGGCCCGUGGCCGCCUCGCCGCAGGACGACCUGCUCAGCAUGUGGUCCCCGAUGAUGCCAGGCGAGACCCUGUCCGCGCACGGUUCCGCCGGCACGGGCCAGUGGUCCUGA